CUGGUGGAUGUGAGGCAUCGCAGAAGGUGGAAGUCGGCAAACGCACUUGAUCGACAAAAUGAAGCUUCAUUCGUCCCAGAUUUUUCAAAACAUCUGGUUGCCUGUGCUUUCAUGUUCUCCGAUGUAUCGUGUUUGUUCGUACCGCCUCCCGUAUAUCUCUUCCACGGCCCUCGGACGCUGGGAAGCAAUUGCCUUUGUGGACGACUCGACCCGUAGGCAAACCAAGUAAGAGCAUCAAGUAACAGCACCGGGCAACACCAUCUUCUGACAACACAACAACAACAACAACAACAACAACAACAACAACAACAACAACAACA